AUGAGACUGCAGUGUUAUUAUGAGACUGUGUAUGAGAGGAACCACAGACACAGUCCCCUGCAGUAUGAGAGCAACCACAGACACAGUCCCCUGCAGUAUGACAGGAACCACAGACACAGUCCCCUGCAGUAUGUGAGGAACCACAGACACAGACACAGACACAGUCCCCCGCAGUAUGAGAGCAACCACAGACACAGACACAGUCCCCUGCAGUAUGAGAGGAACCACAGACACAGUCCCUUGCAGUAUGAUAGGAACCACAGACACAGACACACUCCCCUGCAGUAUGAGAGGAACCACAGACACAGUCCCUGCAGUAUGAGAGGAACAACAGACACAUAUGAGAGGAACCACAGACACAGUCCCCUGCAGUAUGAGAGGAACCACAGACACAGACACAGUCCCCUGCAGAAUGAGAGGAACCACAGACACAGAUCCAGUCCCCUACAGUAUGAGAGGAACCACAGACACAGACACAGUCCCCUGCAGUAUGAGAGGAACCACAGACACAGACACAGUCCCCUGCAGUAUGAGAGGAACCACAGACACAGACACAGUCCCCUGCAGUAUGAGAGGAACCACAGACACAGAUCCAGUCCCCUACAGUAUGAGAGGAACCACAGACACAGACACAGUCCCCUGCAGUAUGAGAGGAACCACAGACACAGACACAGUCCCCUGCAGUAUGAGAGGAACCACAGACACAGAUCCAGUCCCCUACAGUAUGAGAGGAACCACAGACACAGACACAGUCCCCUGCAGUAUGAGAGGAACCACAGACACAGUCCCUUGCAGUAUGAGAGGAACCACAGACACACCAGCCAGCAGCACAUCUUCCUCAGUCUCUCCCUGGAGCCAGCUAGCAGCACAUCUUCCUCAGUCUCUCCCUGGAGCCAGCUAGCAGCACCACAGUGA